GAAAAUUAAAACGGAGUAACGGGACACUGGAAAUUUGGGCGGGUUUGAAAUGCUAGCUCAAUCCAGCGAUGGAGUUCUCAAAGCUUUCUCUCUGUUAAAGCUUCCAGUCUUCGCCUUAAUCUCUCUGUCAAAGCACCUCCUCAGCUGAAGACCACUCAACUCCGCUGCCGGAAACCACCUCCCAGUCCCGGGGAUACCUGAUUCUCAGAUCAUAGCACCGGUAGAUUUUAGACUUUAGAGGGAGAUCAGAAGCAAUGCCAACCCUCCCUUGCUCUUCUAGUCCGUGUUUUUAUCGGAUUAUUACGCCUUCCGUCUUCGAUCAGCCUCAACUUAGGAUACCUGAUGGAUUUGUGGAGAGAUAUGGACAUCGUCUCUCUGGCGAGGUUAAGCUUACUGUUCAUACUGGUGAUGAAUGGUGUGUGAGCUUGAAGAAGGUUGGGAAAAGGGUAUUGUUUACUGAUGGUUGGCGAAAAUUUAUGGAGUAUUACUCUAUUGGAAUUGGGUACUUUUUAUUCUUCAUAUAUAGAAAGAGUUGCUGUUUUGAUGUGCAUUUGUUUGACAUGACUGCUACUGAGAUAUGGGACCUGCCUAGUACUAAUGCUAAUGCAGAAAGAUCCACUCAUAUCAGUCAGGAUCUGCAGUUUACAAAGGAAAAGUGUGUUGGCAUUUCUGAUUGUGGUGGUAGUGAUGAUGGCAACAGAACUGUCAAACAAUUGGAUGACCUGAAGUGUAAUCAAGUUCAUGAGAACUUGGCUGAUUUGUCUGGACUUGGAAGUGGAUGCAAGAGACAGAGAGCUGCCACUAGAUGGGUAAAUGUUCAAAGUUCCUAUAGAACGCGAGGCAAAGGGAAAAUGUUUGGUGAGGAGGGGAGCAUAUCAGGUGCAGAAAAUGUGCCUGAUGAUGGCUAUUCUAAUAAGCCAGUCUUUGCCAAAUCACUUCUGGGCAGUGAGAGUAGACAUAACAAUGAUUCUGCUGGCCUGAUUGUGGAGAAUGCAAAUAACCAACAAAUUUCAGGUAAAAAAGGCACUCUGGUCAGUGAUGAUGGAAAAUCAAACAGUGCUGACAGAUUGUCUCCAAUUUUUCCAAAUUGCAAGACCGAUAGCGAGGGAUCAAAUAUAAAGCAAGAAAAGAAACGGAGAUCUGUUUCUAGCAAACGCUCUUCCAAGCAUAUUAUGCAAAGACAAGCUACAGCCCAGGAAAAAGAAAGGGCAAGUAGAGAUGCAAAAAUGUUGGCACCAAACAAUCCUUAUUUUACUGUCAGUUUGAAAGAAUAUAACAUAACAAGCAGCUGUAUUCUGAUUCCAUCUCAUAAAUGGUCUCUCUUCCAAGUCUUUCAUACAAGAAAAUGGAGAAGAAAGAAAGUGAAGAACUCACAACUGAGGGACCUUCCUUCUUCCAGCUUGUCAAAGCUCCCCUCACUACUGAUUUUCUGAGAAUCCCUCCAUGUUUUGUUAAGAAGCACCUUGAAGAAGAUGAAGAAAGUGUAGUGCUAAAGGGCGACUCAUCAGGAGCUGGAACAUGGCAUGUAAAGUUGGAAAGAAAUGAAGACGGCCUGUUUAUGCACCAAGGCUGGAAGGAUUUCCAUCGAGAUAACUCCCUGAAAGAAAAUGAGUUUCUGUUGUUCAGGUAUGAUGGAGCUAUGGUUUUCUCUGUAAGAAUCUUCAAAGUGAAUGGCUUGGAGAGAGAUGUUCAUGUUCAGCAGCCAUUGAUCCCUCCUCAGACAGCAUCAUCAUCAUUUCAUUUCAGGGCUGCUGUUCCAAGAAUCCUGGAUAUGUAAGCCAUCUCAAAAGUUGCAAUGUUUGCAAGUCUCUUUAUUUAGUAAGCUCAACCAUUUACGCAACGAAUUUAUAACAUAUAUUACAAUGAACUCGGUUUGUGUGUGCAUGUUCUAUUCAUUUUUUCCCCAUUUUAGAACAAUGAUAUGAUCAUAUGAUACGUGUUUGAUGCAGAAAGUCCCCAGAUCAUUUGGAGCAGAGGAGCACUUUGAAUCA